CCUACUCAUCCUGGGAAUCAAGAACUAAUAACUUUCCACGGUGUUAAAGGAGAAAAAGGCUCUUGGGGCCUACCUGGGAAACCAGGCCCAAAGGGUGAAAAAGGAGAUGAAGGCGAACCAGGACCACCAGGUCCCCCAAUUCCUGUUACAUACUUGAAACACUUUAUGGAUAGAAUGAAGGGUGAGUCUGGAAACAAAGGGAUCAAAGGUGAAAAAGGAGACUCCAAUGGUGGAUUUUUUAUGCCCGGGCCCCCCGGACUGCCAGGAAGUCCUGGACAAAUGGGCCAGAAAGGUGAUUCUGUCAUUGGACCCAGAGGCCCCCCUGGGGCCCCAGGUUUGCCUGGGCCUCCUGGCUAUGGAGCUCAUGGACCCCCAGGACCUCCAGGACCUCCAGGGCCACCAGGACCUCCAGCAAUAUUGGGAUCAGCUGUGGCACUUCCAGGCCCACCUGGCCCUCCAGGCCAGCCAGGACUUCCAGGAUCCAGAAACCUGGUGAGUUAA